AUGCCCGCGCUAGUUAUGAAUCGAAUUCUGAGUGGUUGUGAUAUUCGAGCAAUAUUUUCCCUUCAAAAAGUGUCUUGUGAUCUACGUGAUUUUAUUGGUGAAGUCAUCCCCUGCAUCCACUUGACUUAUAUCCAAGUUGAAGUGAGAGUCCAUGAAAUUUGUUUGAUUUUGAGCAAUGAUCAAGAGAAUAUAACGAUUCGCUAUCAACACAACGAAAAUGGAUGUAAAGUGGAGUUCAAUGGCAGAAAACACGUAUUGGAUAAGGAAAACUUCAUUGAGAUUUUCGCAAAAGAUUUAUCGUUGAUUCUGAAGCAUCAGAGCCCGAAGACUGUUCUGGAGGUGUUUUCAUUCCAGUGCUGGGAUCACGAAGACUGGUAUGAACGUCAGCGGGGUCAGAGGAGCUUUGACUGUCUUAGUGUGAUAGACAAUGAUGGAGCAGAGUGUUUGAUGAAACCACUAGUUGAGCAGAUUUCAGAAGAAAUUGUUGAGCAACAGGUCGGAACGAUUACCGCCCGGACACUAGAGACCUACGGUAUAUUUCCAAGACACACGAAAUCAAUUCUAAAACUAUUCCGACCUGGAACACUGAAACACAUCAAAAUCUAUGACCCACAUCGUAUUCGAAUCGAAAAUAAUAAAGGAUACACAAGUGAUGAGGAUUAUUCAGUGGAGUUGGAUAGAAUUUAUGAUCUGGAGCAGUGGAAGCAGGCGGAGGAGUUGAUGUCUCCUGAUCUCCGGAAUCUUAUUGAUGACGUAAUUCCUGCUAUCCACUUGACUCGAAUCAAAAUCGAAGUCGACACCAAAGCUAUGUGCUUGACCAUAGCGAAUAAUCAGGAGAAUAUCAAGAUCAAUUACCAAAAAUCCACAGCUAAGACUCUAGCCAACGACUUGGAGUUGUUUAUCAAGUUUCAGAAGUCCGAGCCUCUGAAAAUAGUGAAACUGGAAUGGCGGGAUACUGAUUAUAAACAGGAUAGCCCCCUGGAUAAGGAAUUAAUGCUAGAAAUGGAGUGUAAUGAGAGACAAUCAGUGAUGGACCCCCUUGUGGAAGCUUUGAGUAAAAUCUCUGGGUCAGUGCUGAAUGUGAAGAUUGUGGAGACCCUUGGAGUCUUUCCAUGGGAGGUUAAACCAUUACUGAAGCUAUGCCGACCUGGUGCCCUAAACACUAUCCGGCUGUGCAGCCCUCAUAGAAGCAAAUUUGUCACAUUUGAUUGUUCGGAUGAUCCAGAGGAUUACUCGGUGGAUUUGGAUGAAAUCCAAGAGUUGGAGCAGUGGAAGCAAGCAAAAGAGUUGAAUAUGUUAGGAUUUUGUGUCCCCCCUCAAGUGUCUGUUGGUUCAUAUGCUCAUUUUUUGAAAGGAGUCGUGUUUGUGAGAAAACUUACGGCGGAUGAUAUCUUUUAUUUGUCACAGACCUUCGUUGAAUCCCCCAAUUUCGAGUUCUUCACAAUCACAAUCCCUCGCUGCAAAAAUUAUUUGAGUGAAGUGGAUUGGGUGACGGAACUCAAUAAGAAGUUUGGAAUUACAGCUGAAAUCCCAAAGGAUCCAGAUAACUCUAAUAACUAUGAUUGGGUUUUAAGGUCUCCCAGGAGAGCUCUUCAACUCAGGUAUUGUACUCCCAACACUUUUAAUUUUACUGUGAAAGUAGAAUGA